UCAGUAAAGAUGGCGGCGUCCCGUGUGCGAACUGUGGGUUCGUUUCUAAGGAAAUGUGGGAAUUGCAGGUCAAGUCUAAACGUUGUUUCCUUGCAGUUAAGCCAACAGGUGCUUAGGAGGCAGAUAUGCAUGAGUUCUAUCCUCUGGAAGAAGAAUCUGGUGGCCACAGGGCCGGAGAAGUUCACCAUGGAGUUCAUCCAGAAGCAGAUAGAGGAGUUUGAUAUUGGGAAACGCCAUCUGGCCAACAUGAUGGGAGAAGACCCUGAGAACUUCACCCAGGAGGACAUAGAUAGGAGCGUCGCUUACCUCUUCCCCUCCGGCCUGUUUGAGAAGAAGGCUCGGCCCCUCAUGAAGCAUCCUGAUGAAAUCUUUCCGAAGCAGAGAGCUGUCCAGUGGGGUGCAGACAGACGGCCUUUCCACUUCCUGUUUUACACCGGCAAGCAGUCUUACUACUCCCUCAUGCAUGAACUCUAUGGUAAAAUAUUGAAUGUAGAGAAGCACCAAGAUCAUCUGAGAGCCAAAGGACUCUUUUCUACGGAAGUCAAGCCAAUCUCUCUUGGAACAAGCAGGUGGUUAACAAAAGAGGAGGUGGAGACAUUAUUAGUGGAGACCAUCACUACUCAUGAUUAUGAUCAUUUCACCCAGCUGAUGCAGCGCCUGCUGUCCAUGCCUUACUGCAGCAUGGAGGAACAGUUCGUCCUGCGUUUCAGACAGCAGCUGGAGGCUCAGUCCCAGUAUCAAACUGUACCACCGCUGCAGAAGGAUGACAAAGGCGUGGCCUUCAGCACUGCGGAUGGUCGGAGGAAGACGUCUACCUCGUCGGUCGUUCUUCGAGACUGCGGUUCCGGACGCAUCACCAUCAACGACCAAGAUUACACCCACUACUUCCCCGUCCUACAAGACAGAGAGCAGCUGAUGUUCCCGCUUCAGUUCACGGGCACGCUGAGCCGCUUCGACCUCCAAUGCACCGUGAGCGGCGGCGGUAGGUCCAGCCAGGCGGGGGCGCUGCGGCUCGCCAUCUCCUACGCGCUGCUCAGCUUCCUGUCGCAGCAGGAGGGGGAGAUGAUGAGACAGGCUGGCCUGUUAACACCUGACCCAAGACUGACAGAGAGGAAGAAACCAGGCCAGGAGGGGGCAAGACGUAAGUUCACUUGGAAGAAACGCUGAGGAGGACAAUGUCACCUGAUGUUGAACUUUAACAUGGUCAAUUGGGACCAGAUGAGCAGCUUCUCGCUGUGUAUUGGUCACAACUGCAGUGAGCUCCCUCGGCCAGCAGGUGGAGCUGUGGUCUAAGAAAUAAAUGCAUUGUUUGUCCGUGUAAAUGAAUAAAUUAAAGAUUUUCAUAUAUAAAAAAAAACUCAAU